CGGCGAUGAAAUUCCCGGGCUCCGUGCUCGUGUCGCUCGUCCUCUUUGUGGCCGAGACGGUGGCGGCGCUGUGCCUGAGCGGGGCGUACCGCGCGGCGGGGGACCGCAUGUGGCAGUGGCUGACGCUGCUCUUCGCCCUCCUGCCCUGCGCGCUGGUGCAGCUCAGCCUGGUCUUCAUCCAUCGCGACGUGAGCCGCGACCGCCCGCUGGUGCUGCUGCUGCACCUCCUGCAGCUCGGGCCCCUCGUCAGGUGUGUGGAAGUCUUUUACAUUUACUUCCAUGCUGGCAGAGUUGAAGAGCCCUAUGUCAGCAUCACAAAGAAGAGACAGAUGCCCAAGGAUGGGUACUCAGAAGAAAUUGAAAAAGAAGUGGGACAGGCCGAAGGCAAGCUGUGUACGCACAGGUCUGCAUUCAGCAGGGCAUCUGUGAUCCAGGCGUUCCUUGGCUCAGCACCCCAGCUCACGCUCCAGCUCUACAUCUGUGUCCUGCAGCAGGAAAUCACAGCUGCCAGAAGUAUUUUUAUGGUCCUUUCUCUCCUGUCAAUUGUAUAUGGUGCCUUACGCUGCAACAUCCUGGCUAUUAAGAUUAAGUAUGAUGAUUACGAUGUCAGCGUGAAACCAGCUGCCUACCUCUGCAUAUUCAUGUGGAGAAGCUUUGAGAUUGCUAUACGGGUUACGGUGUUGGUCCUUUUCAGUUCAGUCCUUCAAAUCUGGAUACUUCCUGUUGUGCUAGUGAAUUUCUUUGGUUUUUUCUUCUACCCAUGGAUUCUCUUCUGGCAAAGCAAGUCCCCAUUUCCUGAGAACAUAGAGAAGGCACUGAGCAGGGUUGGCACUACGAUUGUCUUGUGCCUUCUCACCUUUCUGUAUGCUGGCAUUAACAUGUUCUGCUGGUCAGCAGUGCAGGUGAAGCUCAAUGAUCCUGACUUAAUUAACAAAUCCCAAAAUUGGUACCGACUGACUGUAUAUUACAUGCUGCGAUUCAUUGAGAAUGCAUUCCUCCUGCUGAUGUGGUACAUCUAUAAAACUGAUAUCUACCUGUAUGUCUGUGCCCCAUUGUUGGUCUUGCAGCUCCUGAUAGGUUACUGCAUGGCUAUCCUCUUCAUGUUGGUCUUCUACCAGUUCUGCCACCCGUGCAAAAAGCUCUUCUCAUCCAGCAUUUCUGAAGGUUUGCUGUCCUGUUUCAAGUUCCUCUGCUUUAUUUGCAAGCCUCCCAAAUCCAACAUACUGAUAGACAAGGCAGAGGUGAAAUCUCCUGAAAAUUCUGAUGAAGCACGGAGCAGUAGCAAGACAAUAUAUUCUCAAAAGGGGAAUGCUCAUCAAAGCAUUUCUUCCAAUGCCUAGUACAUCUGGGAGCAAGUAGGUGCCUUUGGAAGACGGCAGAUCCACCUGCUGGGAACAUUGUGUAUCUUGGACAUUGUGUCUUGUGGGUGGGAUUACUUUCUUGCAGGUGUAGUACUGCAUGACAACUGACAAGCUUACCUUUGUGGAAAAUGUAGUAUAUGAGUAAGUGUAUCUCUGUGUGUUUGUGUACUGAGAGCAAUCUUUCUUUGUAGAAUUAUAUUUCAGGGUUUUCUUGAACAUAGGUUUAUUAUCACGUGCUUAUUUUGAAACCAUAGAAGACAUCCUUCAAGAACUGGCCUGAUGCUCAUCUCACUCAGGAAAUCUGAGGAUGGAAGGAAAUGCAUUUUAUUUCAGAUAGAAUGUCAUUAUGGCAUGCAACACUAGCGUGGAAACAGAGCAUAGACCUUGACUAUAUAUUGACUGUAGCUGUGGUCUGCUUUGAUCAAAUUGCAGACUUUUUUUACACUCUAAUCAAGUGUAAUAAGAUAAUACUUCUGUCUGAGGUAUAAGAGUUGGACUUAUACAGUGCAAUGUAGUCUGGGUUGCCAAGAAACAACUAAUUAGCCAGUACUAAUACUGAAAUGUGACUGUUACCAAGAACCGACAGAGGCGUUACUGGCUUUGCACUGUUUCACCCUUCACAUUUGCUGCUUGUUAGCAGGGGAAUUAAAUUUAACACA